AUGAUAUCCCUUAGGCGACUACUCUCUUUAUCUUUCCCCACUGUAGCCUUUUCUUCGUCCAUUUUAUUCCCACAAUCUGCUCAAGUAGCUUUCACCCGAGAUGCCCAACGAGUGCCAGUGCAACUCGGCGUCAUGAGCCAAUGUCCGGAUGCGCUACUUUGUGAGAACGUUUUCGAUGAAGUUCUGAAAAAAGUUUCGGACAAGGUCAACUUCUCGUUGGUCUACAUAGCCAACAUUGACCUGUCUGAGCCCGAUUUCGGCGUGACUUGCAAGCAUGGACCAGGAGAAUGUGCUGGAAAUGUUCAACAGUUGUGCGUGAAGAAAUAUUCUGAGUUUUCACAAUGGUGGGAGUUCGUGAAUUGCAACAAUUUCCAAGGCCGCAGUAAAGUUGGCCUACCAGAAACGGCCUUCAAAUGCGCCAAAGUUGCAGGUCUGGACUGGGACGGGAAUGGUAUUGGGAAAUGCACUGGUCCAAAUGCUAGCGGUACUGGUGCAGAGGGUGUCGCGCUCUUGAAGAACAGCAUUAAUUUGGGUAAACAGAUGGGACUGACGAUUAGUUGCACGGUCGUCAUUAACAACCAGAAAGUCUGUAUUCACGACAGAACCUGGAAGGAAUGCGAGAACGGACAUACUGCAAAUGAUUUUAUUCGGCAGAUAAACGAAGAAUACGACAAGCUGAAUAACUAG